CACAUCUGUAACGUCACUUCCGUUAAGCGGAUUGUUGUUUUUUUUUCCUUCCUUUGAAAGAUCAUUUAGCAUUUUCCCUUAAUAGUGGUUUCACAGCUUUAUUUGUUUUACCCCCACAAUAAGUUUAAUGUUUAUAUUCCUGUAAAGACAAAGAAGAGUUCACUGUUCCCGCCGCCGAUAGUCCCUGAAGAUUACCACAGACCAAACAGCAGCAUCAUGUCUGCAGAACUGGACCUGUCCCCUCCAGAGGUCCCUGAACCCACCUUCCUAGAGAGCCUGCUGCGCUAUGGGCUGUUCCUGGGCGCCAUCUUCCAACUCAUCUGCAUCCUGGCUGUCAUCUUCCCCACAUCCAAGGGACAUGAACACGAGGAGACCGAGUCCACCGAUGGCAGGGCCACUGAACAGAUGAAGAAACCUAAAGGACCGGCACCUCAGAUUCGACAGAAACCAAAGAAAGAGAGCAAAAAGAAGCGAUAGAUUAGUGCUGCUGUGUGUGAGUGUGUAAGUGAUACUUGCUUGUGGGACUGUGUGCGUGUGUAGUUAUCAGUGAGUCAACAUUGGCGGUUACCAGUUAUCACUACAGAUGUAUGAAACACUACUGUAAUAAGAUGACCGUAAUAAAUGACGUGCAUUUGAGACACUUCAGAAUGACCUUUGAACCUGUUCACAUUCAACACAAUAUUACAAAGACCAAAUUGUAUGGCGCUUGCUGAUUGUUUAUACAGCUACAUGUUUUAUUGGGUAUAUUUGGUUUCUUUUAUAAUUGAAUAUCAUUGAUUGAAUUGUAUUUGAAUUGCAUCAGACAAAUAAAUACACUGUGCAGUCAUUCACCAUA